GGGCAGGCCGCGCGUGGGCCGCGCCUCGUUCAGACUUCGUUGGCAACUUCCCCGCGGCGCCCGGAGCGGGGUGAGUGCUGGGCCGGGGGCUGCGGGGUCACGGGGGGGGGGGGGCUGUGCUCGGACGGGGCGCGGCUCGGAGCUGAGCUGAGCUGUGCCCGCGGGGAGCGCGGCCGCGGGGGGGGCUGCAGCCGCGGGGCUCCGCCGCCCCACGGGGUUCCGCCGCCCUUCGGGGUUACGCGGCGCAGUGCUGCUUAAUUCCACGAUGGCAAACGGUGGGCGAUCCUGCUGGCAGGCGGAAGAGGAGAGGUCCGAUCGGCCCUGCUGAAUGGAUCCCUUUCCCUGGUUCUUAGCGUGAUCUUGGCAAACUCCACUCUUCACUAUGAGAAGUGAGUGGGCUCAGAUCCAUCAGCUGCAGCAAAAAAUGCACAUCACGAUUCUCCUUCUCUGUUGGAUUUUUUCAGUUCUGUUGAAUGUGUAAUUACAACUAUGGCAACAAGAGUUGAAAUAAAUUCUACUUUGGCGUCUUUGACGACGGUACCUGACUUAAAUGAGAUCAGAACAGAAGAUAAAUCACAGCGAGUGUAUGUAAGCGUGCUCUCAGAUGUAAGCAGCAAAACAAAGGAGCCUUCAGCAUCCCUAAUGCUUGAAGAAAAGAACAAAUUUGGGAGCACUCUGAGAUCUGCAACAAUGCCGUCGCUGGGAUCAAGGCCAAGACUCUUCCCCAAACCUUUUUCUAAAGAUACGCCUUCAGAUACUUUUGCAAAUGUAAAACCACCUAUUACAGCUUUCAGAUCAAGCAGUCUUAUUAGAAAGCCUUCUGAAGAAACAACGUCUGCUAAGGUGUCGGGCGGAAAUGUUCCUCCAUUAGUAGAUCACAAAGCCAUUGGAAAUGAAAGCAAGGCUGGCAGCGAAGUUGUCACAAACAUGACUUACUAUAGUGGUCACAAUACAAAUACUGUCAUUCUGUUUGAGACGGCGGGCACAGAGCAGUCAAAGGUGAGCCUGGCCCAAGGAAAAAGGGCUGCUGAUGACCGCAGGGUGUUGAGUACUAUGCAGACAAAAGAGCCUCAGUGCAACGUGAAGCAGGAGAAACCAUCUCAGCCAUCACCUGAGACCUCCAGGAGUCCUGAAGGGUCUCUUCACAGGCAGAUAUCGCUGUCCUCCAGUCUUCGACCGGUCUCCUGGAACUCCCUCAAAGCUGGAGAAAAGAAAGAUGCUACUGAAGAUCAUCCAGCGGAGAAAAACAACACCGAUGCAAAUAACAUGAACAGUAAAGUUGAUUUCUCUCUUGAUGUGCAGCAAAAGCCAAAACCUAGACCAGUAUCUGCUGCUUUUCUGGAAUCUCUGAGAGAUCAAAAGCAUCGUACUGUGGAAGCUUCUGAGGAAAAGUCUCCUACAGAGAAAUCGUGGGUUAGGAAACCAAGGCCUUUGUCCAUGGACCUGACGGCUAAAUUUGAACUUAAAGACCUUGCUACGAGCAAGAAGACUUGCUCAUCCCAUGAGAGCAAGGAGAGCGUAUCAGUAACUUCUUUUACUGACGUGGGCAGCCAUGGUCAGUCUGAAACGGGGCCAAAAACCGAAGAAAUGGAAUUUAAUAAAGGCAGCUCUUCAAAAACAAAUUUGAAAUGCAGUAGUCAGGAGAUUGGCAUCCUAAAUAAAGGAAAACACACGUGGGAAGCAAAGCAGAAAUCUGAAAGUGAGCAAACUGAGACAAAACCAAGCAUAGUGACUAAUUUGCAUAGUUCUGAGAGAGCCUUUGAAAGCACUGGUGAAAGCAGAACAAACAGGGAAGGGAAGAGGUUGGAUCAAAAGGAAACGUGUGUGUUUGUCAGCUGUGAAAGCCCUGCAGCUUCCUCAGAAAAGGAAAACAGCAUCGUAAGAGGUAGUGUUAAAAAACACAUCAGUUUGUUCACGUCAGAAAAUCCCAAUCCCUCUGGAGAUACAGAGACUCUCCCAUCGGCUGCUGAGAGGGAGAACAAAUGCAUGAAUAUCCAGCAGAGAAUCAAAGAACUGACAACAGAAAGCACCGAUGCUAAGCCGGGAAGUCUUCGCAGAUCGCUCCAAUCGCGACCGCUUUCUGCAGACUUGACAAAGAUGUUUUCAAGUCCAACAUCAUCAACCAGUGAAGCGAAGCCUGAGAAAGCUGCUGAAGUUAGGAACAGCUCUGGGAGUGAAACACAAGAACAUCAAAAAACCACGCUUGCUCAUAGUGGAGAUGCCACUGAAGCUCACGCUGCUGGGAACCCUUGGAAAUCCCGGCAGGUUUUAAAAAUUACCAACAGAACAGAUCAGACAGAGACAAAGGGAAGCUUCCCUGGAGACAGCCAACGCUUUUCUCAGCAAAGUGAAAAUCCCGUCUCGUUCACAAGCAGCUUUGAAAAAAGAUUAAAACCAACCAAUGCGACGGAAAAAACCUGCAUUAAAACUGUCCGAGCCACCAUGUUUGACCAUAACGUUCAGAGGCACAAUGUUGCUGAUGAUCUUCCUGCAACUGCUUCGCCGUUGAAAAUGAGUGGUGAGCUCGAAGCAAAGCCUGAUGUGGUGACUUUGGGGCAUACCAGGCGUUCGUGGGUGGGAGAAGCUUUUCCAAGCAAGUCUGCUGCUAGGGAUCCUAAUGAUUUCUUCUCCAGUGAAUGCACUUUAUCUGAACGAAAAAAAGACUUGGAUAAAACUGAAACUGAUGCAGUAUUAAUAGCUGAGAAAACACCUUACUCUACAAACAGAAGUAAAUGCUCUGGAAUAAAUGAGAAAACAAGCAAGCUACAUGCUGAAAUUAAAACAGACAGGAGUGAAGACUCUUCCACUGAUGAAACAGGGAGGUCUAAUCUGGUGAAAUGCUCUUCUGAGAAAAGGAGUUUUAGGCAAGGAGGAAUAGACUAUGAAUUUGGACCCAGCUUUGGUCACGAAGUUAUCUCAACCAGUGUGAAAAAACAGCAGGUCCAUUCAUCUUCGGUGCUUCUAAGUGGGCAACUAUGUAAAUCUUCCAGUAGCCUCCAUCCUGAUGUGAAAGAGGAAUCUAGAGCUUUUGCUUUGGGGAGAAGUCUAGACUCAAACUGCAAAGACCAAGCCUUUGGUUUACGUAGUAAGGCUCCUGAAAACAGAGAGAAAAUCAGAGUGAUAGACCCAGAAGAAAAGGUCAGGAGAACUAAAAGUAGCAUAUCUGACUUGAAGACUUCUGAAAGGUGGAGAAGGAAAACCUUGCCUCAUGAUUCUGUCAAGGCAGAAGAAAUCAGCUGGCUCACGCCUGAAAAUACAAAGAGGCUGAGCUGGACAGAUUCAUUGCAAUUGGAAGAAAAUUCACUUAAAAAGAGAAAUAUCAAAGAGCGGAUGGAGGGAAAUGAGGCAAACCAAACUGCUCCUGGCAGUUCUGAUGAGCACUUGAAAAGUCAGAGUUCUGCCUUUGAACCAAAGGCAACGUAUUUUGCAGUGACUUAUCAAAUUCCCAGUAUCAAAAAAGAGAAAAGCUUUGUUGGUACUGCUAGCACAAUAAGUAGUAAAAUUUCUAGCUCAAGUGAGGGGGGAGCAGUUAAUCUGGGUCCUGAUUUUUCUGGUAGGUCCAAACCAGAUAAAAGCAUAACGAGUACGGACUGUAGAGAAGAGUCACGAGAAGUGUAUAUUAAAAAGGAUUGGGUUAAAGGGGAGGACAAAGAUAAUGCUUCUUCCAAAAACAUUGCAUCUGGUAGUUUUCAUGUAUCUGGGAAAGAUAACCAGAAGUGUUAUGAAAAAGGUCUGGAUCAAUCUAAAGAGAAAAUCAUAGAUGUUGAUGCUUUUCUGUUAAAACAGGAACGGGAAAAUGCGGCUCAGAGUGAUCUCAAAGGUAGCAGAGGAAAGGUCUCCUCUUACCACGAACCCCGAUCCUCCCUGCAUUUUGCACAGCUGCACAAAGAUGGUGAGGCAGUCACACAGAAGAGCAGUGAAAGCAGCUAUGGUGUAUCAGGAAGGAAGGCUGAGGAUGCUUACAGGCCCCAGGUUCUUGAUAUUGAUGCCCUUAUGGCAGAAUACAAAGAAGAAUCAGUGAAGGGCAGUAGUAUUCAAGACAAGGUCUCUGAGGAGCAUAGUUUAUUUGGUAGGAACAAAUCAAAGAACAAAAGGAACGUGUCAGACAGGGUGACUUCUUCCUAUACCUGGAAAGAGUGGAAGGGAUCAGAUCACCAUGCUGUUAGUAACAAACAGGGCGAGUGUGCGGAGGAAUACCAUAGGCCAGAGAAAUUGGUUCCAACUGAAAAGAGCAAAGAGAAAUUGGAUUCCCAUGGCCCCGAGGCUGAUAAACAGAAAUCCAAAGACAGAAAGUUAUUCUCUCCUUCCUGGGAAAAUCCCAGCUGCUUGUUUCCAGAUAAGUUUGCCAAUUCUCCUGUGGAGUUCACUGCAAAGAAAACAUUCAUCAUUGAUGAUGAUCAAGACAUGAACUUAACUUCCAGGAACCAAAGCUCACAAGUUGUGGUUGACAAGGUACAGCCUGUACAUGCCAUUGGUGUGGACCAAAAAUUGGAAGUUAAUUUUGCUUCCAGACUGUCCAUAAAGGCCAACGAUGGGCUAUUACAGAAGAAGGUGGUCACAAAAGAGCAGUUCUCAGAGGUGACUCUGGAAGGGGACUGGAGCAAAAACGUAGCAAGGAGCUCUGUAACGAGGGACAGAGAUGAUGCGAGUAAGGUGACCUGUGCCAAUGACUCCUCCAACGUGAAAAGUAAAACAAAAGAUUGGAAGAGCUAUACGUCUGGGUUAGGAAGUGCACCCCCAGAUCUGAGACGCUCCUAUUCAGAAAAGAGCCGCCCUGGUAAAGAUGGCCUGGCACUCCUGCACGAAGCAAGAGGAAGAAAGGACCUGUACCGCUCCAGGCAGAGCUUCCCACCCGAGAGCGUGGAUAACGGGUGGAAAACCAAGGUCUCAUCUCAGUCGGAAUCUAUCUUCCACGAGGAUAAGAAGGCUCCUAGGAAGGAGUGGACCAAGCAGAGUUCAGAAAAAACAGACGGAAGAGAAUUUUCUUUUGUUUCUACUCAGAGAAGAAGUCACAGCUUUUUUUAUAAAGACAGAAGGGCGGAGAGCAUAACGGACCAGCUGAAGCAAUGCUUCACAAGACAGCCCCCCGAAGCCAAGGACACAGACACACUGGUGCAGGAGCCCGACAGCCAGUAUGGCACCUGGAGCGAGCAGCGGCGCAGCGGGGACAGCUUUGUGCCUGAAUCUCCUUCAUCAGAAAAUGACGCCAUUUCCACCAGGAAGCAGCCACCAAACAGCCAGCCAUCGUCCCUGUCCUCUCAAACAGAGCCCACCUCCCUGGCUGACCGCUGUGACUUCUCUAAAGACCAAAGGAGCACAAGUCUGGACCGUUCCAGCACUGACAUAGACUCUACUGAUGGGACUGAGUUACCUCCUCCAGGAGAUGCCUAUCCAGAUGGAAAGACCACUGACUUCUCCUUCAUUGAUCAAACCACCAUUCUGGACUCGAGUGCACUGAAAAACCGUGUACAGCUCAGCAAGAAGAGACGCCAUCGGGCUCCUCUUUCCCACUCUCUGAGAAGAAGCAGAGGGCUGGAGUAUGAAAACAGAUUUUCUUUGACUGAAGAAUCGGGUAGUACGUGGAUGUUUAAAGAUUCCACAGAAGAGAAGAAACCUAUGCAACAAGAGGAUUCUGAUGAGGAAGAAAAGACACAGCGUUCUGGGAGAUUGUCUUCUGUGCAGGCUCAGAGGCUUCCCAUAUUUCCAGGAAUGGACCACUCUGUUCUCAAGGCCCAGCUGCGGAAAAGACACGAGUCUGAGAGUCCUGGGGAGCCAAGUUCUGCUCAGCCGUUCAAAUCCCCUAAACCACAGCUUGGAACUCCUGGUAGCAGAAUACUGCCCUCCAGUGUAGAGAAGGAGGAAAGGUCAGAAGAAAAAUCUCCUCAGUGGCUUAAGGAGCUGAAAUCAAAGAAGAGACAGAGCCAUUAUGAGAAUCAGGUUUGAUAAAGAUAGUGAUUCUAGCUAGAAGAAGAUAAAGAAGUUUAACAGAAGCCUUAACUCAUCUGAACUUAAAAUUCACAUGUCAUGUUGCUGCUGUUUGCUUCCUGCCUCAACUGCUAUGUGCAUGGUGCCUUCCUGUUUUGUGGAGAAAGCUGCUUAAUAUUCAUAGUCAAAUACAAAGCUGUAUCUUUUCGGAUAUGGGAGGAUGGUCACUUUAGAGCUACCUGGAAGAAGAACCAGUGGUUCAUAGUGCUAACUUUCAGAGAGUCUCAGAAGAUUGUAAUGUUUGGUGUAGGAGUGCUGUGCACUGGAGAAGUCCUGUCACUGUUGAACAAAGACUUCAUUCCUACCCGUAUGUUCAGCACCUGAAAUGUACGACUUGUGGUAGUUGUGUUGGCUGUAAGGCUGGGCUUUGUGUUUGUUUAUGAACAGAAGAAUUUUAAUCAAAUUUAUCUUUUUUUGGUUGAAAAAAUAUAUAUAUAUAGUCAGCUCCUAUUGAGAAUGAAGUCUGUGGAAGGUGAGAGUGGAAGAACAAAUGAUGUUUACUGCCAUACUGAAAAAGGAAACUUGAUUUUUUUUUUGUAUAAUGUAUUUUUGAUUGGCUUAUAUUUCCGUGUGCUCUGCUGACCCAGCAGACAAAUAUCAGUUUUUUUUAGAUGAACAAAUUGUUAAUUUUCGGUCACUCUUGAAGUGGUGCAUUCAGUGUUUUGUCAGCAUGUGGGAUAAUUGCUUCAUUGGAAUGUCUUUCCUAAAAAAAAGGAUCAAGCAAUAACGUCAACCAGUUCUCUUUAAAAAGAUAUAUAUAUACAUAUAUAUACAUAUAUAUAUUAAAAGAAUGUAAAUACUGUUUUUUUUAUAACAAAAAAUAAAGGAAGAGAAGAGGGAGGAUGUUCUACUCAUAUCAGGGUUCCAGUUAAUUGUUGAAUGUCACCUUAAUAGCAGUUUGGAUAGUCCCACUUCAUGUUUUUAUUCGUUAAUCUGUAAAUACCAGUUUUAAGCUUUUAUUUUUAUGCUGAUUGUGUGGGAUAACCUAAACGUGAUCUCCGGUCUCUCAGAUGAUUUACUACUACUUCUUUUGCUAAGGCUGAGGUUCCAAUAGCCGUACAGAUCGCCUCAGGCAUAACGUGGGUGUUACGGAUAUCGCUGAUAUCUCCAAUGCAUUCGUGUUUUGAACACAGAUUCUGGCAUAUCAAGCAAGAUGCCCGUUUAGGGCACACUUGAUUCUUUCCCCCAUUAAGUGCUCUUUUCAGCAAUCCCGUAGGAAGGCGGACCCAAAGGAGCUGUCCGUUGUGCCGGCCCCGCUGGCGGGCGUCCUUCGCUCCUGCAGAUGCAGCACCAGCACUGAACUCUUUCUCCUUUUCUCCUUGAUGAUCCGGCUUCUCAGAAGGCUCCGAUUCCGGCGGGGCUCCCACAGCAGUGCAUCUGCCCACGCUGCUGUCUGCCGAGCCCGUCGCUGCCAAACCCAUGUGCCAGUGCUCCUCCCGGAGGAGCCCGCCCUGCUCAUCGGAAACGACAGCAGCACGUCAGGAUGCAGGUCCCAGCUGCACGCGUCUCACCCAGAUCUGCUUUCAGUAGCAGCUUCUCGUACUUCAUCAGUACGGCUCUCUAAUUAAAACCCUUCCUUGCUGCUGUGCCCCGUUGCACACCGGAGCUCUUGCCCCCGUCCCAUUUUAAGCCUCUUCCAACUCCCAACUCGCCACCUGACCUUCCAGCCCUGAGCCAUGGGACGUCUGCUCAAAUGGAGUCAACCAGAAGAGCUGCCCGUAGCCAAUUCUAAACAAAUUGCACAUGUUUUUUCUUUUUUUUUUUCCCCUUCUUGUUAGAUGAUGGUGGAAAAGGCAAAUCUGAGGUCAGCUUUGUGCACUCUGUUGGAAUUUUUCAGGCAGCAUUCACCAGCUGUGUCCCACUUCAAAAAGGAUCUAGAAAUCAGGUAAAUCCCCCCUGCUUACCAGAAUACUUAGGCAGGCUUAAUUCUAGAACUCGGCAGGCUGACGGUGUUGCGUUGCCACUCGUUGGAGAACUGGCUGUUCCAUGGUCUAACAGAUGAAGGCAGAGAUUCUUUGCCCACAGUGUUGGCUCUGUGUUUGGGGAACAAAUGUGUAUGCAUUUCCACGUCUGCUUGGACAAUGCACUGAAACUUACUGUAUUUGGUAGUUCAACCUACUACUGAGAAAUGUUUAAUGCUUACAUGUCUAAUUAAAAAGCAUCUUUAGAAUGUU